AUGGUGCUGUACUACACCCCCGCGGACGCGGCGACGACGGGGCACGUCAUCUACGUCGGCAGGGACAAGGUGGAGAACGAGGACUUGAUAAAAUAUGGCCUCGAGCACGACGUGUGGUUUCACGUCGAUAAGCUCUCGAGCGCGCACGUGUACCUGAGGAUGCGACCGGGACAGACGAUGGAUGACAUCACUGCCGAAGAGUUGCGCGACUGCGCGCAGCUCGUCAAGGCGAAUUCGAUCGCGGGGAACAAACAGAACGAUUUGCACGUGAUUUACACGCCGUGGGGGAAUCUGCUGAAGCGAGGGGACAUGGACGUCGGACAGGUGUCGUUCAAGGAUGAGUCGAACGCGCUCGUGCGGCGGGUCAAGGUGAAGACGCGCGAUAACGAAAUCGUGAACCGAUUGAAUAAGACGAAGGUGGAGGCGUAUCCGGACUUGCACGCGGAGCGGGAGGCUUUCGAGGAGAGCGUGCGACAGGCGAAGAAGGAGGCGUAUAGGAUCGAGGAGGCGAAGCGAUUGGAGGAGGAGCGCGCGAGAAAAGCCGACAUCGAAGCGCGAGACUACAAGCACAUCAUGGUCGACGAAAAGAUGAAAUCUAACAAGGAAAUGGCGAAGAAGUACGAAUCUUACGAGGAUGCCGAGGAUGACUUCAUGUAG